AAAUUGAAUCAAACACACAUUGACUGACUUCACUGACUUCAUAUUAAGCUUCAAAUAGAAGUAGUUUAUUUUUACUUUUUGUAAGUUUCCGGUCAAACGCUAUUAUUAGGAAUAUUUAACUUGACCAACAAGUUAAGCGAAAGCCGGAAGUUGACAAAUAUUCACGCUUAAAAGUUAGCUUUUUUUAAUUCUACAUUUUAGGAAAAAUUAAUAUAUCUAAAAUCUAUAGGAUGUGGCUAUUGUUUUCAAACUUGUACCGUCAUUAGUUACAUCUAAUAUAUACAUAGAGCAUAUUUCCUAACUAACGUUUAUUUUGAAACCCGGAAGUGAUGUAAUGAAUAUGACAAACAUAUGACAAACAAAUACACUACUCGUUUUAAAUCAGUGUUAAUUUAUCCACGACAGGAGCGAACUAUUUGGAGUGUAUUUUGGUGUUUUCUUUAUUAAUUACGAAACUCUCUUUACGGAGCUUAAAUCACAAAUCCAGCGGUCUGGUAAGGGCAGUUUCAUUGACGGAUGUUUAUUAUGUGCUGGCUCGAUGUGGAUGAGCGGCUAAUAGCUAAAAGACUAACGAUGGACUCAAGUGUCCCCCUUUGUGGGACAUAAACGGGAAUUAAAAAACACACUGUUAUAAUGAAUAUAUUAUCAGCCAUGGAUAGGUCAGACGGUGUUUUCGUGUUCUUUGUAGCAGGAUACUCAUAGUGCCGUGAUUCCGCCAUAACGUGACGUCGUUGGUUGAGUCCGCUGUAGGUGAUGUCAGUCUUGUCAGUGCGUUGUGAAUCAUGAAAAAGGGCGAGUACCAGCAAAUUGACCCACAGACAACCCGGACACCUACCCCGACCUCACCGGGUCACCACCAUCACCACCAGCACCACCACAACCAGGGGGAGGACCGCAGCUGCAACGGGGGUGAGCGGCUGAGGAGACCCAGGAGGAGAUGGGAGGUUUUCCCAGGGAAGAACCGCUUCUUCUGCGAUGGACGGGUCAUAGCAGCACGCCAGAGCGGGGUUCUACCCCUCACCCUCGGCCUUAUCCUUGUCACCAGUGUGUUGUUCUUCAUAUUUGACUGCCCUUUCCUGUUCAAACACCUGACAAGCUGCAUACCCGCUAUUGGAGGAGUCCUCUUUGUGUUUGUGGUCGUCACGCUUCUCCAAACCAGCUUCUCAGACCCUGGCAUCCUGCCUCGAGCCACGCCAGACGAGGCGGCUGACAUUGAGAAGCAAAUAGACACCACCGGGAAUGCGGGCUAUCGACCGCCGCCGCGGACCAAGGAGGUGCUCAUCAAUCAGCAGGUGGUCAAACUUAAAUAUUGCUUCACAUGCCGGAUGUUCCGGCCUCCGCGGACGUCCCACUGCAGCUUGUGUGACAACUGCGUAGAGAGAUUUGACCAUCACUGCCCGUGGGUGGGCAAUUGUGUAGGGAAGCGCAACUACCGCUUCUUCUACACCUUCAUCGUCUCCUUGUCUUUUCUGACGGCAUUCAUCUUUGGUUGCGUGACCACACAUCUUGCACUGAGAGCUCAGAAUGGAAAAGGCCUGUUAUAUGCCCUUCAGCAGAGUCCUGGCAGUGCUGUGGAGCUGGCAAUAUGUUUCCUCUCAGUUUGGUCCAUCUUGGGCCUCUCAGGCUUCCAUACGUACCUUGUUGCUUCCAACCUCACCACAAAUGAAGACAUUAAAGGUACUUGGUCGGGGAAGAGUGGUGCAGAAGAUGUCAUCAACCCAUACAGCCACAGAAACGUCUUCGUCAACUGUUGCUCAGUGCUUUGUGGACCCAUGCCGCCCAGUUUGAUCAACAGACGAGGUUUCCUACCUGCAGAUGAAGACGUCGCGACCAGCACGGACAUAGAAGUGCCCGGCGCGUCCAAUAAAAGCGAGAUAAACGUGUGCAAACACGGAGCUAAAGGUCUGCUGGAGUCCACCGCUCACACUCCACUCCUGUCCACCUCGUGUCCUCAGGGAAAGCCUCAGUCGGCGAGCAGCCCACCUGUGAACUCCGACCUCUCAGCUGGCCUCCCCACAAACUGCGGGUCCCACAAACCGAGCAAUACCUCCGACAUCCGCCCCAACAAGACAAAACCCAAGAAAACGAAUAAUAAAAAGGCGGCUUCGCCUCUCCUCAACCCCGCCUUUGAUGUUCAAGCUUCCUCUCUAGACGGGGGCGAUGUGUCCAAAUCCAGGAGUCAUAAAGGUGCCAGGACGCCCACAACACACAAGUAACAUUCUAAUUCAGCUUUUUCUACAUUGGUUCAGGGAUAGCGCUGGAUUGUGUGUGUCAAUCAGUCAUUUGAUGUAUUUUUGAAACAGAAGAGGGGACAUUUGUACAGUGAUACACACACACAGGAGUAAAGGUACACUUUUUACUUAUCUAUGUUUUUUUUUAGUGUAGAAUUCCUGUGCUUCCAAGUGUGUGAUGCUGAAGUAAAUAUGAAAAGGAUGCACCGCAGGCUUCAGUUGACAUGCUAAAUGUAAUAUUGCACGACUUUGUUGCAACCCUUUGGGCAUUUUCAAACUUCAAAUUUGUAUAAACGUGAACACCAAAAAGCACCUAGUUUUUGUACCGAAUGGUUGUGCAGUAUAGUUGCCUGCGCUUAAGCUGUUCUAAAUGUUAUAUUUACACUUCCCCCCACCACCACCACCCUCUCAAUGAAGACAACAUGUUCCCGGUCCUGUCCUUUUUCUCCCCGUUUGCACUAAGCACACACUCCGUAGGACUGUGGUGCAGUGUACAAUAUGCAAGUCAUGUGACACAUAUGCAUUGGAAUGCAUUUCUAAGGAGAAGCAUGUCUGCAAAUGUACGAUAUAGUCAGUUGAACUAUUCCAAAUAAAGGACAAUGAAACGAAAUGUGAUGCUGACCCCCUUUUAGACUCCUGCAGCGCAGUUUUCAACCGCUAGGUGGUGAUAUAGCUUGUGGCGUUAAAGUGGGCAUCAGCUGUCAAAAGCAGGCGUUACAAUCUGCCAACUAGGAUAUGUCUUUUGCAUUUCAUUGGCUACACUUGCAUAAUUUAAUACAGAUGUCCAUUUCAAUUUCCAGAGACAAUAAUGCACUAGUUUGGAUCGGUGUUGUUACUAUGCCUUAGAACUUCACUGCUUCACAUUGAGCAGUCUCUAAUAUUGUGAUGGCUUUAUUUAGCUAUGGCAAAGAGGUGUCAGUGCCACAAUUGCAUGCCCUGUGUCAAAAAGCUCUUAUAUCUCUAUAGUGUCCCUCCUACGCCACACUUGCAUGUACUGUAUCGUAACAUAACUAGCAGCUGAAGUGCAUGGUAAACCAAUACUGUAGUA